UUAAGGCUGGCUCUGCUGCUCUGGGUGUGUCAGCACAAACUGCAGCUCACAGAUAACAGCUCCCAACUUGUCACAGAAUGCUGCUCUCUUCACUGGUCGAGCCUCUGAUAGCGCUGCUGCAGCUCUGCAUCAGCACCAUCCACUGGAUUGUCGCCGGCGUCUUUGCAAAAGUCUGUUUCUGGGACGGAGGAGCGAAGAGGGGAACAAACUCUUGGGCUGUGAGUAGGAAACCGAGCCAGAAGAGAGAUCAGACUGCGCCCAUUCCAACAAGCGUCAAUUAUCAUUUCACUCGCAAGUGCAACUACAAAUGUGGCUUUUGCUUCCACACUGCAAAAACCUCAUUUGUUCUGCCUUUUGAAGAAGCCAAGAGGGGGCUCAAACUUUUGAAGGAAGAUGGGAUGGAGAAAAUCAACUUCUCAGGAGGAGAGCCCUUUUUACAUGAGAAGGGGGAGUUCUUGGGGAAAAUGGUCCAGUACUGUAAGGUGGACCUGCAGCUCCCCAGUGUCAGCAUUGUCAGCAAUGGAAGCAUGAUCAAGGAAAAGUGGUUCCAGAAAUACGGUGACUACUUGGACAUUCUGGCGAUCUCAUGUGACAGUUUUGACGAAGAAACCAACCAGUUGAUUGGGAGGACCCAAGGCAGGAAGAGCCACCUGGACAGCCUCUACAAAAUCCGCAGCUGGUGCCAGCAGUACAAAGUGGCCUUCAAAAUCAACUCGGUCAUCAACACCUUCAACAUCGACGAAGACAUGACAGAGCAAAUCCGGCAGCUGGACCCUGUCCGCUGGAAGGUCUUCCAGUGUCUGUUGAUUGACGGAGAAAAUGCUGGAGAAACAGCCCUAAGAGAGGCGGAGAAGUUCGUCAUUAGCGACCAGCAGUUUCAGGAGUUUCUCUGCCGGCACAGCGACGUCUCGUGUCUGGUUCCCGAGUCCAAUGAGAAGAUGAGGAAUUCCUACCUGAUCCUGGAUGAAUAUAUGCGUUUCCUGGACUGUCGAGAGGGCAGCAAACGUCCGUCCAGAUCCAUCCUCGAUGUGGGAGUGAAGGAAGCCAUUUGCUUUAGCGGCUUUGAUGAGAAGAUGUUUCUUCAGAGAGGGGGGAAGUACGUUUGGAGCAAAGCAGACAUGAAACUGGAGUGGUGACAGGAACUGCACCAUGGCUGAUCAAAAAAGAACAAUUUGCACAAUGUAAAUAGACUUGCUGUUUUGACUGUGUGUAACUUUAGCAGAAGGAUUCAGUUACGAAUGUUAAUAAUGUGUUGAUUUACAAAAAACUUGCUGGUGUAUAUUUUCAUUUUUGCCAUUCUGCCUUAUGUUAUUGUUUUUUCCUAAUUUUUUUUGCUGAUGCCUUUGGAAAUAAGCUAAGUAGGCGAGUUCCAUCGAAUUUCUUGUAAAAAAAUAAACUAAAAACCUGCAUUUGAAAAUUCCAAAGUGUACAUAAGUUUGUGUUUGAGAAGAAAAUAAAACCUCAUACACUGUG